AUGUCGGAUCGCGAGGACGGCGGUGAAGAGACCUUCUACGAGGAGGAGGAGCCAGUCUACGAUGGCGAUGACCUCGGAGAGGAGCAGUACGACGAUGGUGCUGAUGGCGCCAACGGCAUCGUCCACUCUUCCGCAGGCGGGGAUCCUUCGACCUCGAUGGCUGGACAGGCCAAUGCAGAGCGCAUCACUACCCCAUACAUGACCAAGUACGAACGUGCCAGGAUUCUCGGCACUCGUGCGCUGCAGAUCUCCAUGAACGCACCGGUGCUUGUCCCGACCGAAGGCGAGACCGACCCGUUGGAGAUCGCAAUGAAGGAGCUCGCUGCCAAGAAGAUCCCUCUUGUUGUCAGGCGAUACCUUCCGGACGGAAGCUACGAGGACUGGACCGUCAGCGAGCUCAUCGUCAGCGAAUGA